GAAAAAUUUUAGAAUGGAUGAAGAAGAUGUUAUUUUCUCAGGAUCACCUUUAGCAGAAUAUUUGAGUUCUGAGGGAGUUUCAGAUGUAAGCACAUCUAGACCAACAAAUGAGCCUUUGGGAAGUGCGGAUGAAAAGCAUGAAAAUGGACAAUUGGGUUCUAGAUGCCCAACAUUGAUAGACAAGCUGAGCUACUGGUUUAGGUGGUCACAGAAUGUGGUAUUGGGUGAUGACAGUAGAAAUAAACAGGUGCUUUUGCACACUGAUGAGAUACUGAAACAUUUUCACAACUCUGGUCUCUUACUAGAAGAUCUUGGAGAUACUGAUGACAUAACAACAGAAGAAGAUUCAAGAACUUCAUCCAAGUUUCACUCAAGAAGUAUCAUGCUUUGGAUUGGUUGUUUUGGCUGUAUUCUUGGACUAGCACCAACUUUGUUACAAACAAAUGGACUGUUUCCUCCCUCACAAACAAUUCAACAGAUAGGUGGCACUAUUUCUGUUACUGUAGCAACAACAACAUUCAUCCCACUAGGACUACGGUAUUGGAAAAAUCACAGAUUGAAAAGAUUGGGAACAGUGGGACUGAGAAUCUUGGAGACGUUCUUCAUUAAUGUAAAGAACUACUGCAAAGUUCUAGAGAGGAUUAUUAAACUGACUGUUGAACUGCAACUUAUCAAACGAGGCUUUUCUUUGCAAUCUGUAAAGUCUGGUGCUACCAACCAGGGAGAUACUGGUAUAUUGUUUGAUCUCAGACAACAUCUGCACAGCAGUGUUAAUAGAGUCAUCGAGGAACAGCUGUUGUAUCUAGAUGAGCUUAUGAAAGUUCUUCCAAAUAACAAGGAUGUUAAUACAGUAAUUGAUACAGACCCACUCAUUAUGUAUAUCAUGAACAGUGUCAGAGAGGAGUCUUUCAGGAUUAACCAAGAGAAAGAGUCUAAAAUCACUCUGCAGAGUUUAAAGAAAUUGAACAACUGUAUGAAUCUUGUGUUUUCCGCCACAGCUCAGAAACUUGCCUCGAGUUUCUAUAGCAACAGGACAAACACUCCAUCUAUAUUGAUAUCAUUGAAUUAUCUGCACAAACUGAGUCUGAUAUGUGACACUCUCCACACACAAUUCAAAUCCUUAGAAACUGACUACAAAAUUGAACUGUACAAGUUUCUCCAACCUAAUUUGAUGACAGCCAGAAAAUCUGAAGUCCAACCCCUACAUGGAGUGUGUAGUAGUAUUCAUGCUUUAGAACUUAGGCUUAUGUCAUCUUUAACAAAGGUUCGAAAUCUCCAGGAAGACUUAGACAAUGUGAAUACAGCUGAAGACCUUCUUAUCCCUAUAGAAGACAGUUGUGAGGUUAUCAAGGCAGAGUUAGAGUGUUGUGUAGCAUUUCACAGCAUGUUGGAAGCUGAUGUUAACAAGCUGAGCAACACUGAUACAGUGGAUAACAUCCAACCUGACGAUCCACUCACCAUACCAACCCCUGGAGUUCCUACCAAAGUGACUCUAUUACCAGCAGAGGCUCCUCUUGAAGUAGACCAGGUGUGGGUAGGUUACACUGAUGAUGUCAUAGAACCAGGCGAUGGUAACCAUGGGGAUGGCCUUAUGCUGCUAAGUGAAGAAGAGAGGAUUGCAAGGAAACGUGAGAAGGAAACUGCAAAGUACAUGUUAUCUGAACUUAGAUCUGUCAUAGUGCCUCGGGCAGCAGAGAUGAACAAACGUGAAUCUAAAGCCUUGAAGCUAAAAAACUUAACCAAAGAUGGCACUGACAACAGUGUCACAAAUAUUGAAGAUCUUAACAACCUGUUGACAACAAUUAAUUACAAACCGAAAUGUGCCAAAGAUGAAACAAAUGGUGUUGAUGAUGGUGAGGCUACAUCACCAGAUGGUGCUGACAUAUAUGAUAAAGAAAAUAAUGGUGCAAUAGUGAGGGAUGAAAGGACAUCUCAAAGUGCAAUAACUGAAUCUCCAGACACUUCUAUUCAAACUCAUUCAAAGAUGGCAGCACCAUCAUUUGAAACUGGUACGGAGAAGCCAACUUCAAAAUUUGAGGAGCAGAAUCAUGAAAUUAGCAAUACAAAAAACACUGAUUUUAAAUCCCAUGUAAAUACCUAUGUGGAUCAGAACACUGGUGAAUCAGAUGAAGAAGAUUUGAAUUCAAGAACAAAUAAUCAAGCUCACUUUGAAGAUAUAUUAUCGCAGGGAUGUUUUUCAUUCACUGCAAAUAUUGCAAAGGCGGCCGCCAUGAGAUCACAAGUUAUGAAUAUGACGGAGGAGACAUUCGGCAGUGACAGUUCUGACAGUGAGCAAUAAGGAAUAAUACUACAGUACAGCAAUAUGCUCUACAGGAUCGUAAUCAUUACAAUAACUCUGUUAACACUGGCAAUUUAAAAAAUGUCAGGUGAAUUUUAAUACAACCAGCUUAUCACAAUUUGUACCAUUUAGGAAAAUCAUCCGACUGUCAUUCAGUUUUGACUUGAAAUCCUUAAUGAAUGCAAAGUAUCGUAAUUUUUAAAUAUUCUGAAAUCAAAAGUGCCAUUUUGGUAAUUGAAGGUCAUCAAAGGUCAGAUCUU